UCUAAACGACUAAACCCUCGUUAAAACCAGUUUUGCUUUGCAUCGUCUCUGUGUAGCAGUGUAGGGUAUAAGCUUCAAUUCCUGGACCUUCUUUAGGCGGAGGGAAUGGAGAUGGAUAUCGACGAUCCAGCAACAACCAAUAAUUCCAACUCAUUCAAGCGGUUGGGCAUCAAAAACUCGAUUCAGACAAACUUUGGGGACGAUUAUGUCUUCCAAAUCGUUUCGAGCCAGGGGAAUUCAUCUUUGGCGGUGUCUUUAUCGACAAACACAGUUAAACUUUACUCCCCAGGAACAGGCCAAUAUCUCGGGGAGUGUAAGGGGCAUUCUAAAACCAUCAACCAGAUCUCGUUUUCAGGCCCAUCAACUCCACAUAUUUUGCAUUCUUGCUCAUCUGAUGGUACCAUUAGAUCUUGGGACACAAGGACCUUCAAGCAGGUGUGCUUAUUAAGCUCUGGUUCUUCGCAAGAAAUAUUUAGCUUUUCCUUUGGUGGAACUAAUGAUAAUCUUCUAGCCUCUGGAUGCCAAUCUCAGAUACUUUUUUGGGAUUGGAGAAACAGAAAACAAGUUGCAUGCUUGGAAGAAUCUCAUAUGGAUGAUGUUACUCAGGUGCACUUUGUUCCAGGCCAAGGAAACAAGCUUAUUUCAGCUUCUGUUGAUGGGCUGAUAUGCAUUUUCAACACUGAUGGAGAUAUCAAUGAUGAUGAUCAUUUGGAAUCAGUGAUGAAUGUAGGGACUUCAAUUGGAAAAGUAGGAUUUUUUGGAGAGAUGAACCAAAAACUUUGGUGUUUGACACAUAUUGAAACUCUAAGUAUUUGGGAUUGGAGAAAUGGAAGAAAUGAGGCCAACUUUGAGGAUGCUCGUUCAUCAGCCUCUGAUAAUUGGACUCUAGAUCAUGUUGAUUAUUUUGUUGAUUGCCACUACUCAGCAGUCAAUGAUCGUUUGUGGGUGAUUGGCGGCACAAAUGCUGGCACUUUGGGAUACUUUCCUGUAAAUUAUAAGGGAGUGGGAGCAAUAUGCUCUCCAGAAGCUACACUCGAGGGUGGACACACAGGUGUUGUGAGAACUGUGUUGCCUAUUUCAAGCCUGCAUGGUGGCCCUCUUCAUACCCGAGGCAUUUUUGGAUGGACGGGUGGUGAGGAUGGUCGCUUAUGUUGCUGGUUGUCAGACGAAUCUUCUGAAACAAAACAUUCCUGGAUUUCAAGCUCGUUGGUUAUGAAGUCUCCAAGAACUCACAAGAAUAGGCACCAUCCUUACUAGUGAAUCACCAUUGCAGUUGGAUGAGUCAUCCAGCUUUGUGCCUCAUUUUUGUUUGUUAUCGGCCACAAAGUCCCACCAAAACCACUUUUGCUUCUCCAACCCAAAAAUUGUUGUAAUUGAAAUGACAACAGACUUUGUUACAAAUUUGGAGUCUGUAACCUAUUUUUUUAACAUUUUGAUUGCAUGUAAAAUGAAGGAAAACAGAUGGUUUCAUAGAAUUUACUAUUUUAUGCUGAGUGGUUGUACAUAAAAUGACCAUGGAAAGUGAAUGUUUUCCAUUUGGUUGCAUCAA